AAACGUGCUGCUCCACCAGGGAGAUGUCAUUCAUGCAACAUCUCCGAAACUCCUGAAUGGCGUCGUGGCCCCGAUGGUGCUAGAACGUUGUGCAACGCGUGUGGACUUCACUUUGCUAAAAUUACAAGGAAGCGCGCAUUGUCUGCUAUGCAACAACAAUUACAACAACCAUCAUCUACAUCAGAAACCACCGUAUCCGAUAUAAAUCACAACUUACAAAAUGAUACUAAUGGUCUUCAUGACUUGGCUUCAAUGCCAACACCCAGCGCUUCGGAUGUCGAAAGAGAUUCUCCUCCACUCAAGCAACCACGAACUGAGUCGAGUGACGACAACCAAUUAAAUUAA